CAGGCCCCCCAAGAUGGACUGAACCAGGUUGCUGGCCAGACGGACAAGCUGGAUGCCAAGGUGAUGACCCCCCCGUGAGGAAGCCCUGUAGUGUGACUAGAGGAAGGGGCUGCCCCCGCCGGCCCCCCCCAACCCUGCCACCAUGAAUACCUCGGCCCCACCCGCCGUCAGCCCCAACAUCACCGUCCUGGCCCCGGGAAAGGGGCCCUGGCAAGUGGCCUUCAUUGGGAUCACCACAGGCCUCCUGUCCCUGGCCACGGUGACAGGCAACCUGCUGGUACUCAUCUCCUUCAAGGUCAACACUGAGCUCAAGACAGUCAACAACUACUUCCUGCUCAGCCUGGCCUGCGCUGACCUCAUCAUCGGUACCUUCUCCAUGAACCUCUACACCACGUACCUGCUCAUGGGCCACUGGGCUCUGGGCACACUGGCCUGCGACCUCUGGCUGGCGCUGGACUACGUGGCGAGCAACGCCUCCGUCAUGAACCUGCUGCUCAUCAGUUUCGACCGCUACUUCUCCGUGACCCGGCCCCUGAGUUAUCGAGCCAAGCGCACACCCCGCCGGGCGGCGCUGAUGAUCGGCCUGGCCUGGCUGGUCUCCUUCAUCCUGUGGGCCCCAGCCAUCCUUUUCUGGCAGUACCUGGUAGGGAAGCGGACGGUCCCGGCCGGCCAGUGCUACAUCCAGUUCCUGUCCCAGCCCAUCAUCACCUUCGGCACGGCCAUGGCCGCCUUCUACCUCCCCGUCACGGUCAUGUGCACGCUCUACUGGCGCAUCUACCGGGAGACGGAGAACCGGGCCCGGGAGCUGGCGGCCCUGCAGGGCUCCGAGACACCCGGUAAGGGGGGCGGCAGCAGCAGCAGCUCCGAGCGGUCCCAGCGGGGGACUGAGGGCUCCCCGGAGACCCCUCCGGGCCGCUGCUGCCGCUGCUGCCGGGCGCCCAGGCUGCUGCAGGCCUACAGCUGGAAGGAAGACGAGGAAGAGGACGAAGGCUCCAUGGAGUCCCUCACGUCCUCGGAGGGUGAGGAGCCUGGCUCUGAGGUGGUGAUCAAGAUGCCCAUGGUGGACCCCGAGGCGCAGGCCCCCGCCAAGCAGCCCCCCCGGAGCUCCCCCAACACGGUCAAGAGGCCAACCCGGAAAGGGCGUGAGCGAGCGGGCAAGGGCCAGAAGCCCCGAGGGAAGGAUCAGCUGGCCAAGCGGAAGACCUUCUCGCUGGUCAAGGAGAAGAAGGCGGCGCGGACCCUGAGUGCCAUUCUGCUGGCCUUCAUCCUCACCUGGACGCCAUACAACAUCAUGGUGCUGGUGUCCACUUUCUGCAAGAACUGUGUCCCCGAGACCCUGUGGGAGCUGGGCUACUGGCUGUGCUACGUCAACAGCACCAUCAACCCCAUGUGCUACGCUCUCUGCAACAAAGCCUUCCGGGACACCUUCCGCCUGUUACUGCUUUGCCGCUGGGACAAGCGUCGCUGGCGCAAGAUCCCCAAGCGCCCCGGCUCUGUGCACCGCACCCCCUCCCGCCAAUGCUGA